AUGGCGAAUGCCUCAAGAGCUGAGCUAAUUUGUAACCACACAGACGCAUGGGACUGGGUUCACACCAUGCAGCCUGCCUACAUGUCCAUCAUCAGCCUUCUUGGUGUGAUCGGCAACUCCUUUGUGCUUUACGUGUUCUGUCUCCAGAAGCGGCACAGCUCCGUGGCUGACAUCUACCUGAGCAACCUGGCAGUAGCUGAUCUUCUCAUGGUUUCCUGCCUGCCAUUCUGGGUGGCAACCAUUAUCAACAAGUUCCACUGGACAUUUGGGAAGCCCAUGUGCCAGCUUGUCAACAUUGUCAUUGGGAUGAAUUAUUAUUGUAGCGUGCUGUUCCUUACGCUUGUGAGCAUGGACAGAUACCUGGCCCUCACCAGACCCCUGUCCCAGGGAAGGGAGAGACGAGCACUCUGGGCACGGGGGAUUUGCUUCAGUAUCUGGAUUGCUGGCAUCUUACUCAGCUUCCCUGCUAUCCUCUUCCGCUCUGUGCAGUUCUUCCCUGAUCUGGGCAUUGACGCGUGCUACCUCGCAUAUCCCCAUGAUGGCUGGAGACUGCGUUACAACAUGACUGUCAGCAUAGUUGGCUUCCUUAUCCCUGUUCCUAUUGUAUCCUUCUGUAGUUACCAUAUCAUUAAAGUCCUUCAAAGCAGCCAGAAGAUGAGAAAAGGCAGCAGAGGAAGUGUGGAAAGGAAAGCGGUGUAUCUCGUGCUCGUCGUCCUGGCUGUGUUCAUCCUCUGCUGGUUGCCUUACCAAAUAGUAAUCUUCUUGGACACAUUGGAUUAUUAUGAAGUCAUCUCUGGGUGUACAUGGGCUUAUGUGUUGGAUAUUGGCAACCAGUUAGCUACUUAUCUUGGCUUCAGUAACAGUUCAUUGAAUCCUUUCCUGUAUGUUAUUGUUGGAAAGCACUUUAAACAGAAGGCGAGGGAAGUGUUCAGACGGACGCUGUGCAGGGGGAAACGGCAAUGCUGGAGUCUGGUAAUUCCAACGCCCAUCUGA